CCGCCCAGGCACCGGCAUAUUAUCGCACUUGCAUAACCAGGAAUAAAAACGAGAAUAGAACAAGGGGCGAUGUGUACAUGGAUUUAUCUCCCGCUUCGCUUUAUAUCUAUUUCAGAUUUUCUUUUAAUGGUUCCAAGAUUCGUAAGGAUCUAACGUAAAAUGUCCGAAAGUGAAAAUGACUUGGAACACCUUGAGGCUUCGGAGAAAAAGCCUUAUGCCUGGACCCUUAUUCUGACGGUCUGCUCUGCAGCUAUAGGGGGGACUUUGCAGUACGGCUACAACAUUUCCAUCAUCAAUGCACCCACCGCACAUGUCCAGCGGUUUGUCAAUGAGACGGUUCUGGAGCGGUGGGGCAGACAGCUGGAGGGCUACCAGAUCACUCUCAUCUGGUCCUUCAUCGUGUCCAUGUUUUCUCUGGGAGGCCUGGUAGGAGCUCUGCUUGCAGGGCCAAUGGCCAUUCACUUCGGCAGGAAGAAGUCCCUGCUGCUGAACAACCUGUUUGUGUUCGUGAGCGCGGCGCUGGCACUGGCAAGCAGGGCGGCGAGGUCGUUCGAAAUGAUCAUGCUCGCCCGCAUCCUGGUUGGCAUCAACGCCGGUGUCAGCAUGAAUAUCCAGCCCAUGUAUUUCGGAGAAAGUGCUCCUAAGCACCUGCGAGGAGCUGUGGCGCUGAGCUCGGCAUCCUUCACUGCUUUUGGAAUUGUUCUGGGUCAGGUUAUAGGACUCAGGGAGAUCUUGGGUGGCGAAAGCCAUUGGCCUUUUCUUCUGGCCACCAAUGCCAUCCCUGGGCUCAUACAGCUCCUCACACUGCCCUGGUUCCCUGAGAGCCCACGGUACCUCCUCAUUGACAAAGGAGACAAGGAAGCCUGCACUGAAGCGCUCCGCCGGCUGAGGGGCUGCGGAGACCUGAGCCGCGAGAUGGACGAGAUGCUGCAGGAGAAGGCGGCUGCAAUGGGCCAGCGAGCCAAGGGGCCGUGGGCGCUGAUUCAGGACCGGGGCGUCCGCUGGCAGCUCAUCACAGUCGUGGUGGCCAGCAGCGCCAUGCAGCUCUGUGGAAACGACAGCAUGUACUUCUAUGCAUACUAUGUGUUUCAAGAAGCUGGGAUUCAAGCUGAAAAAAUCCAGUAUGCAGCCAUUGGGACAGGAUCCUGUGAGUUUAUUGCAGCUGUAACAUGCAACCUGCUGAUCGAGAGGCUGGGCAGGAAGGUUCUGAUCAUGGGCGGGUAUCUGCUCAUGGCGUGCUGGGCUGUGGUGUUCAUGGUGACACUCGCACUCCAGGAGAAGGUGAGCUGGAUGCCCUAUUUAGGCAUGACGUGUAUUUUUGCCUUCAUCCUCAGCUUUGGAAUGGGACCAGCUGGAGUCACAGGGAUCUUGCCCACGGAGAUCUUUGAGCAAACAGCCCGUCCUGCAGCCUACAUGAUAGCAGGCUCUCUGAUGUGGCUGAAUCUGUUCCUCAUGGGCCUGCUGUUCCCCUUCAUUGUGAGCGGGCUGGGCACCUUCUGCUUUGUUCCUUUCUGCUCAGUCUGCCUCCUUUCCGCUCUCUUCAUUGCCCUGUUCCUGCCAGAGACCAAAGGCAAGUCUACCCUGGAGAUCACAAAAGAGUUCAACAGGCGCAAUUUCAAAGGAACGGAGCAGCAGCAGUAUCAGCUGGGUGAAGUCCUCCGAUCCACUUCACUCUAGUGCACCAGGAACACAGGAGUUAAACUGACUUCAACCCAGCUGAUGUCAACCCUGACUCAUCUUAUAGACUCAUCUUUGUCACUUCCAAUCAAUUGUCCAGUCUUUGCUCCAGUAAAUGCCUGGGUUAAUUAAACAAUCAAGGAUAAAUUCGUUAAUUUAUUAGGAGGUUUAAGGUCCUGUAAUGGCAUAGAAAGGAAGUGCCAAUAAUGACUACCUCUAUGAUAGUGACUAUUUAUUAAUGUACAACCUUAGUGUGCUACUUCUACAACACUUGCACUUGAAUUUCAGGCCAAUCGUAAUCUGUUUAAUGAAUUUAAUGUUGUAAAAUGACAGCUUUUCAAUUUCCUGUUGGUUAUUCAGAAGGCGUAUGACAUGAGAAUGAAUGAGCUGUACAAUGAAAACUACAUUUUAACAUCUUAAAACUCAGGCAUAGAUGUGCAUGCUAUAUCUAUAUGUGUUUUGCUCAAGUCGAUAAUCUUUAAAAAUGCACUGAAUAAAAUCCCUAUCUGUGUUCAAAUUCCGACCCAUACAAUGCUUUAGCUCAUGUUGAUGUUUUCAUUUUACAAUGCAAUUUAAAAAAUAUAUUAAAAAAAACAACCCUUAUCUAAGCUGAUUCCUGAUGAAGAGUGAUCAGCGCUGACGAAACCAGCUGCCAGGAAGACUAGUAUGAUGUUAUUUAAGCCACUUGUAGAACACUUUUCCUGUCCAAGAAAGAAAAAGCCGGCUUCGAUGUUGUGGGCCCUAAUCUGCAACCACUAUUUUAAAAAACGGUCACUAGAAACCUUCUUAAUUGUAGAAUGGUUUCUUCCUCCUCACAAUAACUAGAAGAGGUUUCUCAUGUUUCUAUUAAAAAAAUAUAAUUCUUAGUCUUUCCCACAACUUGUUACAUCUAUACCACUAAAGUGGUCAAAGUCAAAGUAAAGUACAUGCACAUUUAUUUGAUCUGUGCUCUUAAGUGCCUCCUCUAUUUGCAGUGUUAUUCACUUUGGCUGUGAAAAUGGUCAUAAUCAUGAAUUUGCUUUGUAAUAAUCUAUUGUGAACCUCUUCUGUGGAAAACAGUGCUUGUUUGUAUGUUCUUACUGUGUUUGCAUGGGUUUACCCUGGAUGAUCCAGUUUCCUCCCACAAUCCAGAGAUGU